GCGGGGCGAGGGGCGGGGUCCCGGGUGUACAGACACAAACACAUCGCACUGCUCCUUCCCGAUCACCGGGGAUAUCACUGCGGACAGAUCUGCCCCCCUCCUCCCAUGAAGAGGCCCCGGCCGGCCGGAUCAUGGCGCCCUCAGGCCCGAGCAGUGUGAAGAGGAGGUGCCGGAGGUGUCUGUACUGGAUCCCGGUCUUCUUUAUCACCAUCAUCGUAUGCUGGUCCUACUACGCCUAUGUCAUCCAGCUGUGUAUAGUGUCCAUGGAUAAUAUUGGAGAGAAAGUUCUCUGCUUGAUAGCGUAUCACUUCUUUAUACUUCUGUUUGUCUGGUCCUACUGGAAGACAAUCUUCACAUUGCCAAUGAAUCCUUCCAAAGAGUUUCAUCUGUCAUAUGCUGACAAAGAACUUAUAGAACGAGAACCCAGAGGGGAAUCCCAGCAAGAUGUUCUCAGAAGACUAGCCAAGGAUCUUCCGGUCUAUACCAGGACGAUGUCAGGGGCCAUCAGAUACUGUGACAGAUGCCAGCUUGUGAAGCCUGACCGCUGUCAUCACUGCUCUGUUUGUGAUAAGUGUAUAUUGAAGAUGGAUCAUCACUGUCCUUGGGUGAACAACUGCGUUGGAUUCUCCAACUAUAAGUUUUUUCUGCUCUUCUUGGCCUAUUCCUUGCUGUAUUGCCUAUUUAUUGUUGCCACAGAUCUGCAGUAUUUUAUCAAGUUUUGGACAAAUGGUCUGCCUGAUACACAAGCCAAAUUCCACAUUAUGUUUUUGUUUUUUGCGGCUGCCAUGUUUUCUGUCAGUUUGUCCUCCCUCUUUGGCUAUCACUGUUGGCUUGUCUGUAAGAACAGAUCUACAUUAGAGGCUUUCAGAUCGCCUGCGUUCAGGCACGGCACAGAUAAGAAUGGAUUCAGCCUUGGCUUUAGUAAGAAUCUGAGACAAGUAUUUGGUGAUGAGAAGAAAUAUUGGCUGCUGCCCAUAUUUACAAGUCUCGGCGAUGGCUGCUCCUUCCCUACAUGCCUGGUGAACCAAGAUCCUGAGCAAGCAUCCACACCUUCUGGAGUCAACGUAGCAACAAAAAGUAUUGAAAAUCAUCCAUUCCCAGCCAAACCUUUGCGUGAAUCUCAGAGCCAUCUUCUGACUGACACCCAGUCCUGGACUGACAGCAACUGCAGCGAUGAGAAGGGUAUGAGCAACCCAGCAAUGACAAUUGAGAAAGAAACCUAACUAAUCCAAGUUCUGACAGUUGAUGGAGAAAGUUGAGGCCCAUGUGCAGAAGUCCAUGUGAGGAAGAAGUCAUGCUCCCAUUGGCUAGCUUUACAUCUGUUUCCAGAGAUGACAGCACUGAUUGGCUCUCCAUUGUUGCUACAAACAUGCAGACUAUUCCUCCCAUCUGGUAUAAUGCGGACACCAGGGAAUGUGAACAUGCAAGCAGUUUGCUGGGGUACAGUAUUACAGUGAUGUGACGGACGGAAGAGGAAGUUUAUGUAGUAAACACUUGGCAGUCCUGUGUUGUAUGCAAAUGUACGGUUGUAUUUGACUGUGUUUAUGAUAUUAUAGCACAAGCAAGCAUUAUCAUCAUUCCUCUUCCAAGAAAGAACAUUCUUAUAUAUUUCUCGAAUGCAAAGCACUUCUUUUGAAAAGCAGUAUGAUUGCAUCAUAUUUUCUAUGUAACUCCAACAGUAUAUAAACUAAUGAGGCCAAUUAAAUGUUAUCGAUGAACUCAAUAAAUAACAGACAGCUGA